UCUCUUCCUCUCACUUUUCUCUCGUCCUCGCCCGUCUCUCACUUCGUUCUCUUCUUCCUCAGACACAGACAGAGAUGGAUCAGCCUCCUCCGUACGCUCCGGCUCCAGGCUUUGCCCCCGGUUUUCCAGGAUACCAGUCUUAUCCUCCUCAGCCCUUUUAUUACCAGGCCUCCUCUCCUCCUCCUCCAGCUCCUCCUGCUGCGUCCUGGGACACGCCCAAAAGCACAGUGUACCUGAUGAAGCCUGAUGACCGUUCUUCUGUCCCUGGGUUCAUUCCUGGUCUUGGUUCUGGUCUUGGUUCUGGUUUUGGGGGCGGGCUGAAGUCGUUUUUGGGGGCGUGUUCUGCGGCGUUGUGCUGCUGCUGCCUCUGGGACCUGCUCCACUGAUGAAACUA